AGGCACCUCUGCAAGGUGGACAGGUCUGUUCCGUCAAUCCACUUUAAAGAUGAAACCGAGGCCCUGGAGAGGAAGCACCUUGUCCGGGGUCAAGCGAAUCGGCAUAGAGAACUCAGGCAUCCUGUUUUUCCCCGAAUUCCUUUCACACUCCUCCAACCUCCCCCACCCCCACUCCCAUGCUGCAGAGAAGAGAGUAAACAGCAGCGGGGAAGGACCAAAGAAGAUCAGUUUGGGUGGGGGACUUGCUCCCUUUUCCUCCGCCUGCUGGGGGAACGGUAGCUGGGAGGAUAGAUCUCUGCUAAGAUAGAGUCAAGUGGGCGCGCACCACCUCGGGCCGCGCGCCUCCUCCCCCUUCCAGCUUUGUUCACGCUUUUGCGCCUGCGCAGUGCGACAAAUCUGGCGCUGUCCCCUUCAGCACCACGCCGAGCCCGCGCCGCCCCUCCCCGCGGUGAGCCCCGCGCACCCCCGCCUCGCACGUUCUCGCGCCCCCUGACCGCUCGAACAGACCCCUUCUUCCUUCCGCGGUCACUACUUGCCUGCCUUGGAGUUCCCAAGGAGAGCAGUUGCCAUAGUAACUCUAGCGGCGCUUUCUUAAAAUAGCUGGGCCCGCUUCUACCUUGGCCAAGGGCACACGGGUUGCCUGUCUCCCACUUCCUCUAGUCCAUGCGUUAUUCCGUCUAUCCUCUUACUCCCAGACGGCAAGAUGCCUAACUCAGGCAGCAAGGAAGUUCUUUUUGAAGUCUGACUAACAUCCCUCCUGCUGCAUCCUGGGCGAGUGGUCAGGGCUCUGUCUCCUGAGUCCUAGUCUCAGAACCCCCGGAGGGUUUGAGGCCGGGUUCUCUGGAUAUUUCUUCCACAAAUUGAUGGUCUCUUGGAUUUAGGGGGCAGGUCCAGUCUACACCCGUACCGUGUGCUGGCGCGGCCGCGUGCUCGUGGGGGCGGGAGCGCGUGUGGCAUAUAACAGGUCAUGUGGCAACCUCCUAGGGACACGCGUGGGGUCUGGAGCGGGACACGCGUGUGCAGCUGGGUCCCGCGUGAGGCUCAGGGGGUGGUGGACGAGAGGGACGUGGACACGAUUGGGGUGGGGCAUGUGAGGGUCUGAAGAACAGACCAGAGGUUCCAUACGUCCUCCCCCUCGUCAGGGGCGGGUCUCAGGUUGGCGGGAGAGCCCAGCGGGGACCUAGUAUCGAGAAGUGGGGGGCAGCCUCUGGGGCUCAGGGCCCCGGGAGAGGGCGGGGGGUGGGUGGGUGGGGGGAUUAGCUCUGAGCCGCGCGUAGGGGGGAGAAGGAGGGACUGAGAGGCGGGCGGGCCUGGAGCAAGCGGGAGCAAGCGGGAGCCGCGCUGCCUUCACAGCUGAGCUGGGCCCAGCCUCUCCCCUGCCUCUCCUCGGCCCCAGCUCCAGGCGAGCAGCGGCCUCCAUGGAAAUAGCCCAGCAGGAGGACUGAUCGCCACCCCCAGGGGCCUGUCUGAAGAGCAUGCUGCCCGCUCACUCCCCACCUGGCCUGGCCAUCCCUGCCCCCCCAGCCUGACCCCCCGGCCCCAGCAUGGCCCAGGGUGCCAUGCGCUUCUGCUCGGAAGGUGACUGUGCCAUCUCCCCACCACGAUGCCCACGGCGCUGGCUCCCCGAAGGCCCAGUGCCCCAGAGUCCCCCAGCCAGCAUGUAUGGCAGCACAGGCUCCUUACUCCGGCGAGUGGCAGGUCCAGGUCCCCGAAGCCGGGAGCUUGGACGUGUGACAGCGCCCUGUACACCUCUGCGUGGCCCCCCUUCACCCCGCAUUGCUCCCUCACCCUGGGCACCCUCUUCACCCACUGGGCAGCCCCCACCAGGGGCCCGGAGCUCUGUGGUCAUAUUCCGCUUUGUGGAGAAGGCCAGCGUGAGGCCACUGAAUGGGCUGCCUGCUCCUGGAGGCUUGAGUCGGAGCUGGGACCUGGGUGGGGUCUCUCCUCCCAGGCCCACCCCAGCCCUCGGGCCUGGCUCCCAUCAAAAGUUGAGGCUAGAAGCAUCCACAUCAGACCCACUUCCAGCUGGAGGAGGCUCAGCUCGGCCUGGCAGCCAGGGCCUUUUACAGGGGCCACCAACUCAACCCCAGGUUGGAGCAGAUGGUCUUUACUCCUCUCUCCCCAAUGGGCUGGGGGGACCCUCUGAGCAUCUGGCCACAUUAUUCCGAGGACCUGCUGACACUGGACUCCCGAACCAGGGGGACAUCUGGUCCUCACCCCGAGAAGUCUCCUCUCAUGCCCAGAGAAUCGCUCGAGCCAAAUGGGAAUUCUUCUAUGGCUCUUUGGACCCCCCCAGCUCAGGUGCUAAGCCCCCAGAGCAGGCCCCCCCAUCUCCACCUGGGGUGGGCUCAGGGCAGGGCUCUGGGGUGGCUGUGGGGCGAGCGGCCAAGUACUCCGAGACGGACCUGGACACAGUGCCCCUGAGGUGCUACCGCGAGACCGACAUCGAUGAGGUGCUGACUGAGCGGGAAGAGGCUGACUCGGCCAUCGAGAGUCAGCCCAGCUCUGAGGGCCUGCCUGGCACUGCCCGCCCACCUGCCCCACGUCCUGGCCCAUGCCUUGGCCCUCAUCCCAGCCUGGGCAGUGGCAAUGAGGACGAGGAUGAGGCAGGUGGGGAAGAGGAUGUGGACGACGAAGUGUUUGAGGCCUCAGAAGGGGCCCGGCCAGGUACCCGAAUGCCUCACUCCGGGCCUCUCAAGUCACCUCUGCCCUUUCUACCUGGGACCAGCCCCUCAGCUGAUGGGCCUGACUCUUUCAGUUGUGUGUUUGAAGCCAUCUUGGAGUCACACCGGGCCAAGGGCACCUCCUACACCAGCCUCGCCUCACUGGAGGCCCUGGCCUCACCUGGCCCGACCCAGAGCCCCUUUUUCACCUUCGAGCUGCCUCCCCAACCCCCUGCCCCCAGGCCUGAUCCACCUGCUCCUGCCCCACUUGCUCCUCUUGAACCGGAUUCUGGUACCAGCUCUGCUGCUGAUGGGCCUUGGACACAGAGAGGGGAGGAAGAGGAGGCAGAGGCUGGAGCCAAGCAGGCCCCAGGGAGGGAUCCCCCUAGUCCCUGCCACUCAGAAGACAGCUUUGGACUAGGGGCAGCACCCCUGGGCAGCGAACCACCCCUGAACCAGCUGGUGUCUGAUUCGGACUCAGAGCUGGACAGCACAGAGCGGCUGGCCCUGGGAAGCACUGACACCUUGUCCAAUGGGCAGAAAGCAGACCUGGAGGCUGCUCAGCGCCUCGCUAAGAGGCUGUACCGACUAGAUGGCUUCAGGAAGGCGGAUGUGGCCCGGCAUCUGGGCAAGAACAAUGACUUCAGCAAACUUGUGGCUGGCGAGUACCUGAAGUUUUUUGUCUUCACGGGUAUGACUCUGGACCAAGCUCUCAGGGUGUUUCUCAAGGAGCUGGCCUUAAUGGGUGAGACCCAGGAACGGGAGCGUGUGCUGGCCCACUUCUCCCAGAGAUACUUCCAGUGUAAUCCUGGAGCCCUGUCCUCAGAGGACGGUGCGCACACGCUGACCUGCGCCCUCAUGCUACUCAAUACGGAUCUCCACGGCCACAACAUCGGGAAGCGCAUGACCUGCGGAGACUUCAUUGGUAACCUGGAAGGCCUCAACGAAGGCGGCGACUUCCCCAGAGAGCUGCUCAAGGCCUUGUACAGCUCCAUCAAGAAUGAAAAGUUGCAAUGGGCCAUAGACGAGGAGGAGCUGAGACGCUCUCUGUCUGAGUUGGCCGACCCCAACCCCAAGGUCAUCAAGAGGGUCAGCGGGGGCAGUGGCAGCGGCUCCAGCCCUUUCCUGGACCUGACUCCCGAGCCCGGGGCUGCAGUCUACAAGCACGGCGCCCUGGUGCGAAAGGUGCAUGCAGACCCUGACUGCAGGAAGACACCUCGGGGCAAGCGUGGCUGGAAGAACUUCCAUGGGAUCCUCAAGGGCAUGAUCCUCUAUCUGCAGAAGGAGGAGUACCAGCCUGGGAAAGCCCUGUCGGAAGCUGAGCUUAAGAACGCCAUCAGCAUCCACCACGCGCUGGCCACGCGGGCCAGUGACUAUAGCAAGAGGCCGCACGUCUUCUACCUGCGCACUGCUGACUGGCGGGUCUUCCUCUUUCAGGCCCCGAGCCUGGAGCAGAUGCAGUCCUGGAUCACUCGCAUCAAUGUGGUGGCUGCCAUGUUCUCCGCACCCCCCUUCCCAGCUGCCGUCAGCUCCCAGAAGAAGUUCAGCCGCCCUCUGUUACCCAGCGCUGCCACCCGCCUCUCCCAGGAGGAGCAGGUGCGGACCCACGAGGCCAAGCUGAAGGCCAUGGCAAGUGAGUUGCGGGAGCAUCGGGCCACGCAACUGGCCAAGAAGGCCCGCGGCAAGGAGGCUGAAGAGCAGCGGCAGAAGGAGGCGUAUCUGGAGUUUGAGAAAUCCCGCUACGGAACAUAUGCAGCGCUGCUUCGGGUCAAGCUGAAGGCCGGCAGCGAGGAGCUGGAUGCAGUGGAGGCAGCAGUGGCCCAGGCUGGCGGCACGGAGGAUGGACUCCCUCCUCCUCACUCCAGUCCCUCCCUGCCGCCCAACACCUCCAGCCAGCCCCGGGCUCAGUGUCCUGACUCAGAGGCUCGGGCAGGGGCAGGCAGUGGGCGGUGGAAGCCCUGAGCUGGGGGUGGGAGUUGGGGGGGCGGUGCCCACCGGGCACCUGCAUGACACGGCCCUGCCUAAGCCCGGGCCGGCCUCGGGCCACCUGUGAGGGCCUCUCGGUCCAGGGCCUGACCGCGCCGGACGCGGUGUCCGGGGCAGGGCAGGGCUAGGGCAUGGGCCUCAGGAGCCUUAGGCUAAGGGCCCCUCCGAGACCCCCUUUUUGUGAUAAUGUUUUGCACUUUUUCGUACAGGGGAUGGGGGUGGGAGGGGCCAGGGCCCCUGGACUCUUGAUGCUCCUUUUUUUUUUUGUGGGGGAGACCUGACGUUUCUGCUUUCUGCUGAGACCACCCCCACCCCUGACACCAGCAGUCCCCCUCCAACCUGGGGCCUGGCUCAGACACAAGCCAGGAGUUGGGGUUGAGCUGGUUUCCCUCCCUCUGCCCUGAGGGCUCACCCUCUCCCUUGCCAGAGGUGGAGGAUGGAUGUCCAAGCUGAGGCCCCAAGCGCAGGCCGGGCAGUGCAGCCUUGCUUCCCUCCUCCAGUGGGCCCUGCCCUUUGUAUCGCCUCCACCUCCAUUAAAACUGCUCUCGACUUGC